GGAUACUUGAUGGAUACUUGGGGUCUUUAUUGAAUAGAGCGCUGAUCACGCUGUCAUCCUCAUAGAUCCUCGUAUGUUGUCUAAUGGCGGAUAGCGAAGAAGAAUUAUCGAAAGACACGGAAACGAUUCUGCCUAAUGAGAGCUACCUCAAUUGCGAGCGGAGUUUUCCUUCAAAGCGACCAAUUUGCUGUCGCUGCAAGCGACCAAAGAAGGUGUGCAUUUGCUGUGCAUUCCCCGAACAAAGAUUGGAUAUUUCCACAACGAUUUAUGUCUUACAACAUCCAGAGGAGCGACAGAGAACUCUAACAACUGUACCCAUUGUUGCAGCUUGCCUUCCCAGAGACAAAUGCAUUGUGUACAAUGAUGUGCGGUAUUCCAGGGAGAAGUAUGCAGUGCUUCAUCAUCUUUUAAAGCAACAACAAACAUUCGUAUUGUAUCCAGAUGCUUCUGCAGAAGAUUUGCGUGAGGUAGCAAAGCAGCUGGACAGAGAUUUAAGAUAUAACCUCGUUGUUCCAGAUGGCACUUGGCGGCAAGCUCGAAAGAUAUUCAAAAAAAAUGAAAUUUUGCAAAAUGCCAGAAAGGUGCGGUUGAACGAGGACUUGAAAAGUGAUUAUGUCAUUCGCACGCAGCCAACUCGAAAGAGCCUUUCCACUCUGGAGGCGAUCGCGACAGCCUUGUCCAUAUUGGAAGGAAGGGAAGAAAUAGCUAAUAUCUUAAGAAAGCCGCUGCAGUUGUUGUGCGAUAUUCAACUUCGACAUGGUGCCGUACCUCAUUCAAGUAAAGAGGAAAAACACGAAGAGGAAUUGCGUAAGAAAGCGGCAACGAAGUGAAGAUUACCUGUGGAGAUUUACGACGUUGUUUUGCCAAAACCACUUUACUUGCGUGAAGGAACAUAGCGAUGAAAAUGAAACGCAGACUGGUCGAAGCCUUUCGGGAUCAUCGUGAGUAAAAGUGCGCCAAAACGAGACCGAAGAACGACAAGAAGAAAUCGAUUCUCGUGCAAAGAGCAGAGACAUUGGCACAUCGCUGGGUUAAAGACUGACCGAAACAAAUUUGUAAUAAUCGAACGAACAAUGAACAUUAAAAUGGCUUGUUUUUUAGAAAA